AUGGACUCCUCAAGGCAGAACGAGGUGUCGCCCGAGGCGAUGCAGGCGCGCAUCCAGCAGGCGCGUCGCGAGGCAGAGACCCUCAAGGACCGGAUCAAGCGCAAGAAGGAUGAGCUUGCCGACACGACUCUGCGCAAUGUGGCAUCGCAGUCCCAUGAGCCCAUACCCAAGAAUCAGUUGAUGAAGACCAAGAGAACCCUCAAGGGCCAUCUCGCCAAGAUUUACGCCAUGCACUGGUCGACCGACCGGAGGCAUCUGGUUUCCGCCUCGCAAGAUGGCAAGCUUAUCAUCUGGGACGCGUACACGACAAACAAGGUGCACGCCAUUCCUCUGCGGUCGUCCUGGGUCAUGACCUGUGCGUAUGCCCCGAGCGGCAACUACGUCGCGUGCGGUGGUCUCGACAACAUCUGCUCCAUCUACAACCUCAACCAGAACAGAGAAGGCCCCACCCGUGUCGCUCGUGAGCUUUCUGGCCACGCCGGCUACCUCUCCUGCUGUCGCUUCAUCAACGACCGGAGCAUCCUGACCUCGUCCGGCGAUAUGACCUGUAUGAAGUGGGAUAUCGAGACCGGCACCAAGGUCAUGGAGUUUGCCGACCACCUCGGCGAUGUCAUGAGCAUUAGCCUGAACCCGACCAACCAGAACACCUUCAUCUCGGGCGCCUGCGAUGCCUUCGCCAAGCUUUGGGAUAUCCGUGCCGGCAAGGCCGUCCAGACCUUCGCUGGCCACGAGUCCGACAUCAACGCCAUCCAGUUCUUCCCCGACGGCCACUCUUUUGUUACUGGCUCGGAUGAUGCUACCUGCCGUCUCUUCGAUAUCCGUGCUGAUCGCGAGCUCAACCUUUACGGCUCCGAGUCCAUUCUCUGCGGUAUCACUUCCGUCGCCACCUCCGUCUCAGGACGUCUCUUGUUUGCCGGCUACGACGACUUUGAGUGCAAGGUCUGGGAUAUCACACGGGGAGAGAAGGUCGGCGCUCUCGUUGGCCACGAGAACAGGGUCAGCUGCUUGGGUGUGAGCAACGACGGCAUCAGCUUGUGCACGGGUUCUUGGGAUUCAGUGCUGAAAAUCUGGGCGUACUAA